UUGCUGUGGUUGCAGGCCCUGCCCGCCUGCGCGCCCGCUGACAGGGAGGCUUAGGGCGGAGGGAAGCGGGUCCGUUGGUCUGUCGGGAACGAGGCUCCGGCGGCCAAGCCAGCGCGGAGCCGUUGCCAUGGCAGCCGCAGCCGGGGGCGCGGAUGAAGAGCCGCGUUCGGGCCGCUCUAGCUCGGAUGGCGAGUGCGCGGUGGCGCCGGAGCCGCUGACGGGCCCCGAGGGCCUCUUCUCCUUUGCUGAUUUCGGGUCUGCUCUGGGCGGGGGCGCAGGCCUCCCAGGCCGGGUGUCCGGCGGGGCCCAGUCCCCGUUGCGCUACCUCCACGUCCUGUGGCAGCAGGACGCGGCGCCCCGCGAUGAGCUGCGUUGUAAGAUUCCCGCCGGCCGGCUGAGGCGCGCCGCCAGGCCCCACCGCCGGCUCGGGCCCACGGGCAAGGAGGUGCACGCUCUGAAGAGGCUAAGGGACUCAGCCAAUGCCAACGAUGUGGAAACAGUGCAGCAGCUGCUGGAAGAUGGCGCGGAUCCCUGCGCAGCCGACGACAAGGGCCGCACUGCUCUGCAUUUUGCCUCCUGCAACGGCAACGACCAGAUUGUGCAGCUGCUUCUGGACCAUGGAGCUGACCCUAACCAGCGAGAUGGGCUGGGGAACACGCCACUGCACCUGGCUGCCUGCACCAACCAUGUCCCUGUCAUCACCACACUGCUGCGAGGAGGCGCCCGUGUAGAUGCCCUGGACCGAGCUGGCCGCACACCCCUCCACCUGGCUAAGUCGAAGCUCAACAUCCUGCAGGAAGGCCACUCCCAGUGCCUGGAGGCUGUGCGGCUGGAGGUGAAGCAGAUCAUCCAGAUGUUGAGGGAGUACCUGGAGCGCCUGGGGCGGCAUGAGCAGCGGGAGCGGCUGGACGACCUCUGCACCCGCCUCCAGAUGACAAGCACCAAAGAGCAGGUGGAUGAAGUGACCGACCUCCUGGCCAGCUUCACCUCCCUCAGCUUGCAGAUGCAGAACCUGGAGAAGAGGUAGCAAGAGAGGCCCCCGCCUUCCCACUGCGCCGCUCCCCUACCUGCCCCGCUUUACAAAAAAAAAAAAAAAAGCCCGAUGCCUGGGACUUUGUCUGCUGCGGCCCUCACCCCCGCUGCUGUGAGGCAGAGAUGCUCACUCACCAAACUCAGAGCCGCUCCCAGCCACGGUCUCUAGCAUCUCUGUGGGCCGGGAUCACAGCCCCCAGCUUCUUCAGCUCCCGCAGCACCGCAGCCACACCUCGGCUCUGGCCAACAUGCACUGUCCUCGCAGGCCUCACUUGUCCCACGGCCGCCCUGGCGCCCUCAGCAGGCCCCAGAGCCUUCUGCGGGUCCCUUCCCAGCCAUGGGCUUGUUGCAGCCAGGAGGGUGGGGCUCAGAGCAGGCACCCUCUGGCCUCGGGGGCUUCUUGGCUGGCCCUGCACUCCUCACCAGCACUUAGGUCUAGACUUGUCACCUGACUUUCGAGGCAGCAUGGCAGUGAGUUUCUCCGAUUGGAAGGGGAGAGUUGGUAAAGCCUAGACCUUAGAAAUACAAGGUUAGGAAGGACCCGGCUGAACUCAAAGCAGAAAAUCCCCAGCCCUUUCUCUCCCAAUCACUGAAACAGCAGGAGGGCAUAGCCAUUCCGCGGCCUAGUUGUAGUAGGCUGAGGAGUGGCCCCCAAGAUGGCCAUGUUCUAAUCCCAGGAACCUGUGAACAGUACCUUAUAUGACAAGGGAUUUUGCAGGUGUCAUGAAGGGUCUUUAGACAAGGCGAUCAUCCUGGAUUAUGUAGGUGGGCCUGGUGUAAUCACAAGACCUUUAUUAGAGGGAAGCAGGAGAUAAAGAGGAAGCAGGAGAUACAGUGACAGAAGCAAGAAGUUGGAGUAGUGCGGGGAAGGGUCACAAGCCAAGGAAUGCAGGCGGCCUCCGGAAGCUAGAAAGGGCAAGGAAAUGGAUUCUCAGAACUUCCAGAAGGAACCAGCCUGCUGACACCUUGACUUUAGCCCAGUGAGACAGAUUUUAGAUUCUGACUGCCAGAACUGUAAGAGAAUAAAUAUGCGUUGUUUUAA